CAUUUUGCGCGCCUCGAGGGGCAGCGGCAGAUUUUUUUUCUUCUUUCUAACCGAGGCGGGUGGAGGAAGGCAGGCGCUUCCUCUAAGCGGCGGCAACGUUAAGCUCUGCAGACUUCAAUUCCCAGAAGGUGGCCCCUCACUUGCCUUUGGGGGCUGGCCGCGGCUGCCUGUCGUCGACACGAGCUCCUGAUGGGCGGAGUUGGCGCUUCCAGCCCCCUGCCCUGCCUCGGGGAAAGGGGCCAACCCAACGCCGCGCUCUUCGCCUCCUGGUUGAGUUCAGCAGCAUGGAUGCGGGCUCUGGCCCCAUCAGCCCCGCUCCUAGUCUUCAGGAAGGUCCCUUCAGUUGCCCCAUUUGCUUAGACGCCCUGAAGGACCCGGUCACCACUCCUUGCGGCCACAACUUCUGCCUGGAGUGCAUCGGGGCGCACAGGCAUCGCCCCGGGGGCGUCACAGCAGCCGGAGGGCAAAGUGCCUCCCGCUGCCCCCUCUGCCAGGAACCCUUCCCAGCCGACCUCCCGCUCCGUAAGAACCACACCCUGGCGGAAUUGUUGCAGCUCCGACAGCCUACGCCGAGCAGUCCGGGCCUGGCUAUGGCGCCCGAGGAGGCGACGGAGCCGCGCGCUCCUGGGAACGGCGAUGCCCAGGCCGAGGAGGUGCUUUGCGACUUCUGCACCGGCGGGGAGCGGGCUACAGCGGCUAAGUCGUGCCUGGUGUGCCUGGCGUCCUUCUGCUCCCCCCACUUACAGCCUCAUCUGAAAAGUCCCGCUUUCCAAAGCCACCGGCUGGUUCCGCCGUUACGGCACAUCGAGGAGAGCCUCUGUAAGUUGCACCUCAAGCCCUUGGAGAGCUUUUGCCGGACCGAUCACAGUUGCAUCUGCCAGCUCUGCCGGGCCCAGGAGCAUCGGAGCCAUGAGGUGGUGGCCGUGGAAGUGGAGCGGGAGCAUGUGGAGGCCCAGAGGCCAAAAAUCCUGAACAACAUUGAGAAUCAGCUGGAUGAACUGGGAGCUGCAAUAGCACAGAUGAAGAGGAUGGUGGACCUCAUCAAAGCUACUGCUCAGAAGGAGAAGGAAAAAGUCAGCAGUCUCUUUGCCGAGGCUGCCAAGGUCCUGGCAACCUUUAAGAAGGAAGUCCUUGGCUUCAUUGAGGUUGAUGAAAGAGCCAUGCUGAGCGGUGCAGAGGAGGAGCUGCAGCACAAAGAAGAGCGACAUGCCCUGCUGAUGGAAUACAAGCAGAACCUGGAGAAAGUCCCCAGCAUGGAUACUAUCGCUUUCCUGCAGGAAUUCCAGGCACUAAAAAUAGCAGCUGAGGAAAAAAACUUUGCAUGUACAAACUUCCCCAGAGAGCUGAGUUUUAUCAAAUCCAGUCAGGCUGUGUUUGCUGUGAAGGAGUUGCUGGGGAAUAUUUGCAAGAACCAGUGGGACCAACUGUCAGGGAAGGGCGAGAAUGGACCCUUCCUUCACGGGAUGCCCGAAGUGACAGUUGAGCCCCAGGUUUCGGAAAGGAGCAUCAAUCCAGCCUGUUUGGAAUCACGGGAUUAUUUCCUCAAAUUUGCAUUCAUCAUUGAUUUGGACAGUGAUACUGCUGACAAGUUCAUCCAGCUCUUUGGGACCAAAGGGGCUAAGCGUGUGCUGAAUCCCAUUGCUUAUCCUGAGAAUUCAACCAGGUUCAUCAACUGUGAGCAAAUACUGGGCGAGAACCUUAUGAACCGUGGCAACUAUUACUGGGAAGUGGAGAUCAUAGAUGGCUGGGUGAGCAUUGGGGUCAUCACUGAAAAUUUCAACCCUCAGGAGUCAUACGACCGGGGCCGCCUAGGCAGGAAUGAGAAGUCAUGCUGUCUGCAAUGGAACGGGCAGAACUAUGUUGCCUGGUUUGGCGGAUUUGACUGUGUGAUACAGCAGCCGUUCUUUCAUACUAUUGGGGUGUACUUGGAGUAUUCAGAGAAGGUGAUGACAUUCUAUGGAGUCAAGGAUUCCAAGAUGACUUGCCUCCAGCAGUUCAAAGUAGCUCGCUUCAAAAAGGGACAUUUUGACCCUUUCCAGAAUAAAAUCAACCACCAGUUUCCAGCACUGUUCACACACAACCUCAAACCAGCCUUUUUCCUUGAAAGUGUAGAUGCUCACAUGCAGCUCGGGCCUUUGAAGAAAGACUGUGUUUCAGUACUUAAGCGGCGAUAAUUUGGUCAGUGUAUGACCAAGAAUACAGAAUUUGACAAGUAGGAUGAUUGUGACAUCUCUGCUGGAGCACUGUGUCAUCUUUCUGAGUUAGGCUUGAAGAAUUAAUCAUACUUGUUACUGCUCCUUUUUAAUUACUUGAUAGGUAUCUUAAAGUUUAAAGAAGCACUUUCCAGCAAAGCCUUUUCUUAUCUUGGUCAUAUUAGGGCUCAUCUACAAAGGGCAAAAGACUUAUCUCAUCUAAUGAGUCACUAUACAAACCACUGGUAUCUCCAGAGGCUUUGCACUCUUUCAUGAGGAAUACAUGGAUCAGUCAUCAACAAUACCAUGGAAACUCCUCAGCAUUAUAGACAGCAGGCAGGAAAAAUAUGAUCAUUGAUCAAAAAUAUUAUAUGCUAAAGGCCAUCACUUGUUUUUAAAUGUCACUAGGUGAAUACUGCUCUUCUACUGCAUUUAAAAACCACAACUCUGGAGAGAACUACUGUCUGUCAUGUCAUGGCAAAUGGGAUAUAUGAACAGAUAUAUUCAGCUUUGCAUUACAAUAGCAAGAAAAGUAGUACGAGGUUGUUGGGGGCUUUAGUUGAUUCUCAGCUUAAAUCUAAAUUCCAGUCUAAAUAUUAAAGAUAUAACCUUGAAAUUAAAUGGAGUACCUCUGGCUGUGUGUCAGCCCCACUAGGUAGACCAGAUCAGGAAAUGAACUCCACAGGAAGGGUAAACUUUUAUUGAGAUUGGCUUUAAUUUAGUCUUGUAAGUUGGAUUGUACUGUACCUCUUCCUCCUUAUAGUUCAUUGAAUUAGGGAGGCAUCUUCCUGAGCUGCUUCUAAAUAUUAUUUUCUUGUUCUGGACUUAAAAAAUGUUCCAGCUCCUUUUGUCUAAGUAACAGUUCCUACGUAUUUCUAUCAAGGUCACAUUCCAUACUUUCUACCCUGUGUUUUAAUGGUAUAUGGACCUGUUUACUAAUGUUGGGUUAAAAAGUGCUUCAAGGUAAACUGGGUUGCAGAUCUGAAUACGAUAGUUUCAAGAGAUGAGCACCUGCACAAGAGAGCAGAAUGUUUAAAUACUGGGUUGCAAGUUUCCCUUUCCAUAUAGUGUCUUACAGGCACAGAAGUAUUAUAAAAAUGGAGAAUCAGUCGCUCUCUGGAUGUUGUUCAACUACAUUUGGCUGGCUGGGCCUGAUGGAAGUUGAAACUUAUCAACCUCUGGAGGACUUCAGAUUUCCUCCUCCUAUGACACAUUCUGCUUUUCUUCGUUGGGGCGCUGGGGGCUUUUUUGAGUAUAGAUCCAUGGAAGUAAAAUGGAAGAAAGACAAUUGGUUAAGAUGGAGAAUGGGGAUUGAACUUCUAUAUGUAGCAAUGUAACUGUAUAAAAUCAGUCCUUUCCAAACAUACAGCUAAGAGAACACUGCAAACAUUUAUAAAUUUGUCAUAAUUUAGCCAUGCUGAUAGAAUCCAGGAGUGGUCAGGGAAUUCAGUGUCUGCUCUAGCUGCUUGGGAUUGAGAUUGACAGUUGAGUUCAAAUAAACCGCCUAUUGGAUUCCUUUCAUUCUAGAAUAUAAUAGACUACCAGCGUUCAUAAUGUAAAUUAGGAUUGAAGAAGAAUGAAAUUUAAUUUAGAGACAGAAUUGAUUUUUUUACAACCACAAGGCAAUUUUGUUCUUUGAAGAAGAUAACAGAAUUACUCUAAUGCUAGCUUACUUCAUUAAUUCCAUGAUCUCAGGAUUACAUUGUCUACAAGAGUGUUCUGCAGUAUUAGUACAUUAUUUGUCUCCUAAACCUGUUUUGUUUACAAAAUAAAUUCUAUUAUAUCCUGUAUCCAGGGUGAAAGUAUACUAGAUCUGAUUCAUUAUGAGAUGAAUUUAAUGAGACCACUUUUCUUUGGUGCUGAAAUGUUCCUACCUUUCAUUAAAAAAAAAAAAUUGUGA